GAGCAGCCGGCUCGACCGCCAGCGCUGUGUAGGGGGCAGGCGCGGAUCCCGCCACCGCCGCGCGCUCGCCCGCCGCCGCCUCCCGCCUCCCGGCUUCCCGCUCGCCUCUGCCGCCUGCCUGCCUCCGGCCUCGGCGCGUGCCGCCUGCCUGUCGCGGACACGGCUUCGGGCCUGAGGUGUGAUUCCGCGCCCUGCGCCAUGCCGAGGGAGAGGAGGGAGAGGGAUGCCAAGGAGCCGGGCACCAUGAAAGAGGAAAGCUGCACCGAUGUCUCUGUUCGCUCCAGGAAGAGGAAGGCAAAUGUGGCCGUUUUUUUGCAAGAUCCUGAUGAAGAAAUUGCCAAAAUUGACAGGACUGUGAGAAGCCAGUGUGGCAGUCAGCCUUGGGACGGUGAUCCAGUGUGUGAAAGCCCCUGCUCCCUGAUCCCCACACCUGACAAAGAAGAGGAUGAGCUGGUGUACCCGAACUCCACGCGCCAGCCUCACAGCGGCAGGCCUGCCCGAGCCUCUCCCCUGCCCGUGCUGAACUGGGCAAAUCGAGAGGAGGUCUGGAAAAUCAUGGUAAACAAGGAAAGGACGUACUUAAGGGACAAGCACUUUUUACAGCGGCACCCUCUCCUGCAGCCGAAAAUGCGGGCCAUUCUUCUGGACUGGCUGAUGGAGGUGUGUGAAGUCUACAAACUUCACAGAGAGACAUUUUACUUGGCACAGGAUUUCUUUGAUCGAUACAUGGCCACACAACAAGACGUUGUAAAAACACUUUUACAGCUUAUUGGGAUUUCGUCUUUAUUUAUUGCUGCCAAACUUGAGGAAAUCUACCCUCCCAAGCUACACCAGUUCGCAUACGUUACAGACGGGGCUUGUUCAGGAGAUGACAUUCUUACCAUGGAAUUAAUCAUCAUGAAGGCUCUGAAGUGGCAUUUAAGUCCCCUGACCAUUGUGUCCUGGCUGAAUGUCUACUUGCAGGUUGCCUACCUAAAUGACAUAUAUGAAGUCCUCCUCCCGCAAUACCCGCAGCAGAUCUUCAUCCAGAUCGCAGAGCUUUUAGAUCUCUGUGUCCUGGAUGUUGGCUGCCUAGAAUUUUCCUAUGGCGUCCUUGCUGCUUCCGCCUUGUAUCAUUUCUCUUCAUCUGAACUGAUGCAGAAGGUUUCAGGGUACCAGUGGUGUGAUAUAGAGAAGUGUGUCAAGUGGAUGGUUCCGUUUGCCAUGGUUAUAAGGGAGACAGGAAGUUCAAAACUGAAGCAGUUCAGGGGAGUCCCGGCCGAAGACGCCCACAACAUCCAGACCCACCUGAACAGCUUGGACCUACUGGACAAAGCCCAAGCAAAGAAAGCCAUCUUGUCUGAACAGAACAGGGUAUCUCCUGUGCCCACUGGGGUCCUCACCCCGCCACCCAGCGGUAAGAAGCAGAGUGGUGGGCAGGGAACAGUGUGACGCCGGCCUUCUCCAGAGACAGUCGUGCGAAGUGCCUGCUCCAGGUCUCGUCCGUCGGUCCAUCUGCUGCGGCGGAGGCCGCGGUAGUUUCAUAGACAUUUCACGGAUGGGGAUGUUUUUGGGGAUGACAUUGGACAGGGAGGAGUGUUCCGUCAAGUGCUCAGAGGUCUCUCAGUGGGUCAAGUGCACCAGCCGCCUCCAGAACACCGACGAGUGCUCCAAAUGCUGCUAAGGUCGGUGCCACUUGACUCGACUGACUCCACACCAGUGACAGGGCUGGAUGCCACAGCGCCCACGUCAGGGGGCCUCCCCGCCGUUCCGGGCUGGUUGUCUUCCUGCACGUGUAUGGGAGGGUCUCUUGGGAGGGUCUGGUGUGGCGCCUGCAACCAGCUGUGCUGGGGCUGCCCUUCCAUGUUCACAGUUGACAAUGUACAAUGCCUUUUAUGAACUGUUCUUUUGUAAGUGCUGCUAUGUCUAUCCAUUUUUUAAUAAAGUUAACACUGUCUGAGACA